AUGACGGAUGUGCAUGUUUCUAAUGAUGAUGAAACUGUUGAUGUAAUCUCAAAUCCACUGCCAGCUGAAGGUAAAAAGAGAAAAGGAAGAGGGAAGACAACAGGACUUUCAAUCCAAAAGAAACGCAAAGAUAGUGACAAUGGAAAGUUGAAGGUGAUUAUUCCACCAGAUCGAACUGUAGCAGUAGGUCCUGGAGCUAAUGAUUUCAUUAAUGAGCUCUCUGUUAAAGUUGUGCAUAACGCUAGGCAUGCUGUCAAGAAUUGGAAGGAAGUUCCUGAUAUAGCAAAAGAUAGGAUUGUUGCUCAUAUGCUGAGAAAUACAAGCACUGGAAAAGAGCCAAACUUGCAGAAACUUUGGGAAUUGACUCACAUGAAGAAUGGACAUUGGGUUAAUGAUGCAUCUGCUGAGUUACAUGAUAAGGUGAAAGAAUAUAUUGCUGAACAAAUUCAAGAAAUUGAAGAAGAUACUGAUUUGGACCCAGUUGUUAAUGCUGCAUUUGUGAAAGUUGUUGGAGAAACGUCAAGUUAUUGUCGUGGUCAAGGUUUGGGAGUUAAUUCAACAAGUAAGAGAUCCAUGAAUGAAAUUCAAGAGAAACUACAAGCACAACAAAAAGAGGCAAAAGAAGAGCGUCGUAAACGAGAGAGUGUAGAAUGCCAGCUAAAGGAAGUAAAGAUUAAGCUUGAGGAAGAGCGAAAAAAUCGAGAAUCCAUAAUGCGUGACCAAAAACUAUUGAAAGAGAGCAUGGUGGCACUAGCAUCACAUAUACUAAGUAAUGAGGUAUUUCAAUUACUUGCUUUUGGUCCUAAAAUAUUUCGUUCAAACUACAUAACAAUAAAAGUGGUAGCAUCACUUUCCUCUUUUGUGGUAUUCUUUUCAUUCUCUACGGCUUGA